CCACCCCUAAAAAAAUUAUCCAUUUAUAAGGCAAGGAUUGUCAGAAGUCAAGUUAGUUACUUAUCAGGCGAGUAACUUAACAGUUUGUACCAUAUCAGACUACUACGAAACCUCAGAAUAAACUCUAUCACAAUGGCGUGUGAUUUCCUUGGAGGUCUUUUGUUUCUUGUUGCUGUCCUGCGAAGCGCCGUCGGACUACAAUCCAAAGAAGUUUGCCUGUUGCAAGUUGAAGAAGGAAAGUGCAAUGACGACAUCCAGCGUUAUUACUACAAUACGAUCACUCAACAGUGUGAAGAAUUCAGCUAUAGCGGUUGUGAGGGAAACGCAAACAACUUCAAGUCCUUUUUGGAAUGUCAGAAAACAUGCUUCAGGAUUCCAAAAAUCCCCCAGAUCUGUCGUUUUCAAAAGAAAGAGGGGCCCUGCCGUGGCCUCUUCAAGCGUUAUUUCUUCAAUAUGACCUCCAUGCAGUGUGAACCCUUCACUUACGGUGGUUGCCAAGGGAAUGAAAACAAUUUUCAAAACCUUCAGGAAUGUACUGAAUAUUGCAGACCUCCUAAAACAAUCCCUGUGAUUUGCAAUGAUAUAUUGGACAAAGGAAAGUGCUUAGCUUCCAUCCCAAGAUAUUACUACAACUCUGCUACAAAGACAUGCGAGGAGUUCAUAUACACGGGAUGCGGAGGAAGCAACAAUAACUUCAUCUCCAAACAAAGCUGUAUGGAUGUUUGUGGUAAAAAUGGUAACAAACGUUGGAGCCCUACUAAAAAGUCUGUAAGAGUUUCCAAAGGAUACCUAAGACGAAUAAAGUCCCAGCCACCAAAGGAGAAGUCAGCCAAAUAAUGAUUUAUGAAGUCAUUGGCACUGUAUUACUGACAAAGACCAUUGCACUGAUUUUACAGUAUUGGAAUAGAAGGCAGCAGUUCAUACACAUCUCACUCUGUGUAUAUAUAAUAUUGAUUGUUUUUUAUAAGAUUUGUUUAAUAAAAGUUUGUUUAAUAUUUCCAUGUAUUUUUAUGCAUUUGUAAAAUGUUUAUUUUGAAUAAAAUAAAAAUGUACUAUUAAUUAUUUGUAUUAUUAAAUACAAUAUUUUGUAAAGUCUAACACUGUUUAAGUGAUACAGCGAUAGUAUUUAACAAAAGUGUUUCUAUAGUCUUUGUUUAUACCCAAUAUAUUUAACUGAAUGUUGCUGUUUUUUUUUGUUUUUUUGUUUUUUUGGUCUUAGCCAGAACAUGUUUAAUUCAGACUGACAGCAGAUAUCAUCUCAAGUCUAGCACAUGACUUUGAUUUUAAAAAGCUAGUGACACUUAAGCUAAGAAACACAAGAAUGAAAAAUGAAAAUGGUCAUUCUGCUGGGUCAAAAAUAGCAGGUUACAAAAUUAUUAACCAUUAAAGUGAGAAGUGACAUUUAUUUGACCUUUUCAUUUUGAAUGUUUUAUUUUUAUUUCAAUAUAUAUAAUAUAAAUGAUAUUGUCUCAUGCCUUUUAUGGCACUUGAUAUCAAAGCCAGAAUAAAAUAAAUAAACCUUGAAUACAAGCAU